AGUUUCGUCUGCACUUUCCCGAGCGUCGCCGCAAGAGCGCUUCCCGUCACUUUUCCCUUGACACAUCUUGACGCUUAGGGCCCGGGGGAGAGCGAAUCACCGACGAAGAGUGCGACGAGGCCUCGAGAUGUGGUCAGACCAGGAUUUAGUCGAGGUGUUAAGGAGCAGCGUGCCGUAUUACCUCGUGGUAGCGCUGCCCCUCCUGAUCCUCCUGUCGCCUGUGCCGGUCGACGCCGCCGCCGAGUUCACUGUGUAUCGGCUCCAGCAGUAUGACCUGCACGGGACGCCACACGGUAGUCGCAGCAGUUUGAUAAAUGUAGAAGCUCGAACCCUAGAUGCUACAUCAGUGGCACGGAGAUGUGUCCUAGUUCGCCUGUCAGAGCUAACCCCAGAGAACUACCAUUGGUUAGUUGGACAGGGAGCGGCAGCCCUACUGGUGUUGCUUCCAUCAAAUCUGACAUCCCUGUCUCCUGAACAACGGAAGCUUGUUCAUGAGGUAGAAACAGCCAUGCUAGAGAGUGAUACUCAGCUGGGGGUGUAUUUAGCCUACGAGACGCAAGAGCUUUUGGACAUAUAUGUGUCUGUGCGAACAGCAACAAACACAGACUCAGCAACUUCUGCUGCUGCUGCCCUUUUGCGGUCACUGUCUUCAGAUGGAUAUCAGAUAGUAGUUGGUGGUAGUCAGUCAAAGCUAAUGUCAGACAUGUCAGUUGCAAAUAUCCAAGGGAAACUAAGUGGCUAUGGUGUGGAGGAACAGCUGCCAACAGUAGCAGUUGUGGCUCACUAUGAUGCAUUUGGAGCUGCACCAGAGUUGUCUUGGGGAAGUGACAGCAAUGGCUCUGGGGUUGUAAUUCUCCUAGAGUUAGCUCGCAUUCUCUCCCGCCUAUACGCCUCACCUCGCACACAUCCUCGCCUUAACAUAGCCUUCCUACUCUCUGGAGGUGGCUACAUUAACUACCAGGGCUCAAAGAGAUUCCUAGAAGAUCACUUAGAUGCCUCCGACUCCCCUCUCCUCUCUGAAACGCAUUACACUAUGUGUCUUGAUUCACUUGGUGCAGGAGACACCAUUAGGAUGCAUGUUUCCAAGAAACCAAAGGAUAACUCUCCGGCACAUAUUUUCUUCCAGGGUCUUGAAGAAAUUGGCUCAAAAUCAGGUAUUAAGGUGGAAAUGAUCCACAGGAAAAUCAACCUCCAGGAAGAUACUCAAGCCUGGGAGCAUGAGAAGUACAGCAUGCGUAGAUUGCCUGCUUUCACUGUUUCUAGGCUGCCACAUCCAAAAACUGGUGAACGGGGGAGCAUCCUUGACACGCCAGACAGUAUUGAUGUAGAUGCCCUUACUCGCAACACAGCUGUGAUUGCAACUUCUCUUCUUCAACACAUUUAUAACACAUCAGUUGAUGAAAUAUUUUCAGAGGGUUUGCACAUUGCAGAAUAUGGAGAAAUUUGUGAUGGCUUGUACAUUCCUCUCUUUAACACUAAAGUUGGCAACAAUGACAUAUCACAUCAUGCUUGUAUAACAAUGACUCAUACUGACAAUGAAAAGCAUUAG